GUUCGUUAGGCUCAUAAAGAUUCAAAUCGGAGGCUGUGAAAAACAAAAGUAGUCAUCUUUAAAACACUUUAUAAUAAAUAUUACUUCAAGUGAACAGUUUGGUGGAUUUGGACCUAUCUGUAACUCUAGACUCGGGAUAGCUUAUAUUUGUGAAAAAAAAGAGAUUUGACCAGAACUGAAGAAGUGAUAGCAAUGGCCGAAACCAAAGUUAACCCGUACGACCCAUCUACCGAUGGCACCAACGGGGCGUACGUCCCGCCUACCAACCCGACAUACGUCCCGCCUGCGACCAACGCGGCAUAUGGCAAUGCGGCAUACGGCAAUGCGGCAUACGGCAACGCAGCAUACGGCAACGCAGCUUAUCCCGCAGGGCCAACCGCUCCGAUGAAUGGAGAUGCUCCCCCGUCAUAUAGUUCUGCUCCAAUGGUACAAACAAUGACUGUCGGGGUACCAGUCACUACCAUGAUCACCAGACAAGGCCCACCCAGGCCACAGAGUUUCAUCAUUCAUAACGUCAUGACGCUGCUCUUCUGCUGUCUUAUCUUUGGAAUCAUCGGUAUCGUGAAAGGCUCACAGGUUGAUAGUUUUUAUAUUCAAGGCAACUACGAGGCGGCCAAUGCAGCGUCUCUCUCAGCCAAGAAAUGGUUCAACUGGGGACUGAUCUGCGGGGGUGUUAUCUACGUUAUUGUCGUCAUCAUGUGGAUGUGUAUCAUCUUCAUCUAAAGUGAAGGAAACAAAUGAAAAGAGAGAUAAAAUCAAAGCCCCACUGUCCUACUUGUAGCUACUUGCUCCCUCUAUAUAGAAAACUUCCUCAAUCAGUGCCUGUUGG